CAUUGGUAGUGCUCGACGACAUCAUCGCCGAGGCACCGACCGACUAGCUUGAAAGAUUUCCAACACCCUCUCAUUUCCUCCCCAUCCUCUGAACUUUCAUCUCAAAACCUCUUCAACACUUCCUCCACCCUGCGACACCUCACCCCUCACCACUCACACCAUGUCUCUCCCGUAUCCUCCACGGUUCGCUUACUACGACGGGAAACUCCAAGCCGCCUCCUCCACAUCAUCAUUCCAUUCAGUCGAUCCAGCAACCUCUCAACCGCUCGCACACAUCCACACCACUACCCGCUCCGCAAUCGAUUCUGCCAUAACUUCCGCCCAAAGGGCUUUUCCUGCAUGGUCUGCAACACCCGCCAUUGAGCGAGCCCGCAUCCUACAGAAAGCCGCCUCCAUCCUUCGAGCCCGCAACGACGAGCUGGCCAGGGUCGAGACCUCAGACACCGGCAAACCUUUCUCCGAGACCUCCACAGUCGACAUCGUGACGGGCGCCGACGUCCUCGAAUACUUUGCCAACCUCGUCGGCAGCGGCGGUCUCAAUGGCGAGACCAUCCAGUUGCGACCCAAUGCCUGGGUCUAUAGCACCAACAACCCUCUCGGCGUGUGCGCAGGCAUCGGCGCGUGGAACUACCCCAUCCAGAUCGCUCUGUGGAAGAGCGCACCCUGCCUAGCAGCGGGCAACACCAUGGUCUACAAGCCGUCCGAGUUCACGCCCCUCCACUCGACCCUCCUUGCCGAGAUCUAUGCCGAAGCAGGCGUACCCCCAGGCGUCUUCAACGUCGUCCAGGGCUCCGGCGAAGUGGGCGCAUACCUGACCACUCACCCUUCCAUCGCCAAAGUCAGCUUCACUGGCCAGGUGAGUACGGGGCAGAAGGUCGCAGGCAGCGCCUCGGGGGGCAUGAAAUACGUGACUAUGGAGCUCGGCGGUAAGUCCGCUUGCGUGAUCUUACCUGAUGCCGACAUCGAGUCGGCCGUUGACGGAGCUAUGAUGGCCAACUUCUUCUCCACGGGCCAGGUCUGCACGAACGGCACCCGAGUCUUCGUGCCUGACUCUCUCAAAUCCAAAUUCGAGUCUCGACUGCUCGAGAAGAUGCAACACAUCCGGGCCGGCGAUGUCCUGAACCCUAGCACCAACUUCGGCCCCCUAGUCAGUAAAGUGCACUGGGAGAAGGUCCAGAGCUACAUCCGCCAUGGCGCUGAAGUCGACAAAGCAACCCUCCUCUACGGUGGUGCGAAAUUCCCCAGCUUCUCCUCUGCCCAUUCAGUCCCGGAGACCUACAAACAAGGCUUCUGGAUCCAUCCCACAAUCUUCACAGACUGCACCGACAACAUGAAGAUCGUCCAAGAAGAAAUCUUCGGCCCAGUAAUGACCAUUCUGUCUUACAAGAACAUCGACGAGGUGGUAGCUCGCGCUAAUGACACACAUCUGGGCCUCGCCGCUGGCGUCUUCACCCGGGACCUCAACCUCGCGCACAGCGUCAUCGCCCGCCUCGAGGCAGGCAUUACAUGGGUUAACACGUGGGGCGAGUCGCCAGCGGAAAUGAGCGUCGGAGGGUGGAAGAUGAGCGGGGUUGGGGUCGAGAAUGGGAAGAAGGGCAUCGAGGCUUGGGUCAGGAAUAAGAGCACGCUUGUUGAUAUGGCUGGUGAGGUUCCUACUGUCUUUGCAAAGUUGUAAAGACGCGAUAAAAAUUCGUGCUAUGAAUCUAUGGAAAUAAGCAUACCUUUUUACUCUAGGCUUAUGUUGUACACUUUUUCACCUUGUGUUAUUUUACUAAAAGGCAUCUAGAUGUUGCAUGGCGCAACAUCGUACAUCGGUAUUAUUUAACGAGUCUACAAAUCACAAACGCACAUAUACAUUAUCUCCCUCUCUUUCUCCAGGUGGUGAUAACGAAAAGAUAGGAGGCCGAGGGUUGAGGGAGUAA